UAAAACUCUGAUUUAAUGUGAGUCCAGCCAUUGCUGAAGCAGCUUGUGAGACACUCCCACCUUUCUGCGCACCUGAAGCUCAAACAGCAGCAUGCAGCAACAGGGACGGCUGAAGCUGAGGCCAUGGCUGGAGGAGCAGAUUCAGUCUGGGAGGUACCCGGGAGUCAGCUGGCUGGACAAGUCUGCAUACAUCUUCCAAAUUCCAUGGAAGCAUGCGGCUCGCCAUGGCUGGAGCAUCGACAGGGAUGCCACGCUCUUCAGGAGUUGGGCCAUGCACACAGGUCGGUACCGUCCGGGUAAAGACAAGCCCGAUCCCAAGACAUGGAAAGCAAACUUUCGCUGUGCUUUAAACUCCUUGCCUGACGUGUGUGAGCUGCGUGAGCACAGCAAAAAGAGAGGCAGUAAUGCCUACAAAGUCUACAGGAUGUUACCCCGCUCUCAAACACAGAAGCGCAAAAGAGGGUUACGUUUGUUCAGCAGAACCCGGGAAAGACAGAUCAGUUCAGAAGAUAACAGACAAGAUGACACAUGCAUGACACCAACCUGGCAACCCACAACAAGGCCUAUUUCAGAGACAACGCAGGAGGUGGAAACAACUGCACAAAACACCCUCAUCAACACUCAUCCAUACGAGAUGUGGGAGCCCAAACAAGAGCACCAGGAACAGAGUGAGGCUGUCUUUAAGCUAGUGGAACACUUCAGCAACCAAGAUCUCUGGAACCAGACUGGGGAUCAUAAAGGAUGGAGACAGCACAAUCUUUGGAACCAGUGGCCAUGUGCUACUGUUGAAGAAAACCCUUACCCUCACUAUAUGGAGAACUGCAGUGAUCUGUUAGGACCAAACUACAUGAAGGAACUGUCUGACUGGUCUGCACAUAAUUUAACACCGAUGCAAUAGCCAUGUGCCCAAAAUUCAUCCUCCCUCCAAUUGUGUUUACAAGCUAUUUUAUUAUUUUAUCAACAUGUCAUAUGAUGCUUAUCCCAAAGAAACUUAAAAAAAGUGCUAAAGCCACAGGGUAACUAUGCUGCUCUGUCAGUCAAUCUUCAUACUAAGCAUGCUGGUAUGGAGAUCUUGUUGCAAGCCAAGCCCGGUGGCUCUUGUCAUCUCUCGUUCUCAUGAUUCGGCGCCUCAAGCUCACCAGAGUGACUCCAAGCUCAAACGAAAGCUUUCCGAGUAAACAGAUCUCAUUUCAGCUUCAUGCAGGCUCUUCUUUCCUUGGCUUUUUCAAAAUGUUUAGCCAAUAUGUUGAAGUGUAGAGCAAAUAAGCUCCAUACAUGGAAAUUUUUACAUUUGUGUUCAUGAAUGGAGCAAUAAAGCUUACUAAACAUACAUUUUAGUGUAUAAAGGACAGUGUGUAAUUAGGGAGCUAAGAACAAUAUGUACGUUUAAUACAUUUUUAUUACUUAUUAUGUAAUUUGUGUGUGAUCUUUCAGUUUGCUGUAAACUUUAAAAGUAUUGAGCCUACAGUGUACAUUUUUUUAUUAUCAGCAUGCAUUUUGUGUGUAUGCAAAUAAAAACAUAAAAAAUCUAAA